AUGGUGGUGAAUACUAAUAAUAUUAAUGAUAAAGAAGGUGAUGCAGCAUACAAUCAAUAUGUAAAUAGUACAGACGUACCAAACGAUCAAAUUAUUAAUGCGAUAUUUCUGGAGAGGAAAACAGAACAUGCAGAAGAUGCCAUAGAUUAUGAAGAUAUAGAUGAACUAGCGGAUGAUGAAGAUGACCUACCCAUGGAAGAAGUUUCCAAUGGUGAACGUAUACUACUGCAACAUACUCGUGAUGAACAUGAUGAUUUUAAUGAUGAUUAUGAAGAUGACGAGUUUAGCAAAUUGUUUCAAGAGGGGCAACCAGAAAUUGAAGCACCACCACAAGAGCAACUGCAACAAAAGCAGAAACAACAGGAUAACAAUGAAUAUGAUGAUUUGGCAGCACAAGAAGCUGCUGAUGAUCAAUUUGAUGCAAUUUUUGGUACUGGUGAUGAUUUCCAUGAACAUGAACUGCAUAAUGAUGUUUUAUUCAAUGACUUGGGUAAUGGGAACCAUUUAAUGGAUGUUGAUGAGAAUGAUGGAUUGGAUGAUUUAGGAGAAUUGUUUGAUGAUGACAAUUCUAAGAAACAUAAGCUAGAAGAAGAAGAAAACAGAAAACUAAAGAAACAAAAACUAGAAAAGAUUGUUAAAAAACUUGAAAAGGAGCAAAUGAAGAGGAAUAUUAAACAUUAUUUCCCAUCCUAUUCAAGAUAUAGACCAUUUAAUUUCCAUGAAUUCUUUUCUCCUACACCACAGUAUUUCAGAUAUCAAAGACCACCAAUUGCAUACAAUAAAAAUAUAAAACCUUUAAUUCCAACAAAAUUGAAUCUUGAAGUGGAUGUUGAUCAACGGAAGUUGUUCAAGAUGAGGAAUGUCAAAACUGAACCCGAGAAAAAUGUCACUAAUAUAACCCAAGGUGAUUUGAAUUUCAUUCAAGAGUUGGAGAACAAAAGAUCCUCGAUUGAUUCAUUCAUAAAAGAAAUCGAUUAUGUUAAACGUGAUUGGAGUAAUUUCAACAAGUUUGGUGAUUUUUCUAAAGAUUUGAUUUUAUCUACAACCGAUUGGGAUGAUGAUGCUAUAAUCAAUGCUGGAGACGAUGGUUAUAAUGUAAAACCAAUCAAUGAAAUACUACUUGAAAGUUCUGGAGAAGAUGAAGAGGAUGAUGAAGAUAUUUUCAAUGGACAAUUGGAUACUAGUAAAUUGUUGAAACUUGAUAUGAAUGAUCCAAACUUGUUGUUUGUACCGAAAAAGAAAUCCGAUAUCACCAAGGCUGUUAUUCCUACCAAUGAUAAAUUACUAGAGUUAAAGUUUAACUUUUCCAAUGAUCAAGAAUAUGAGUUGUUGAGAAAGAAUUACAACACCAAACAAAGAUCUCAAUUGAGUAACCUUAACAUCGAGCAUUCAGUUCCUGCAUUGAGAUUACAAACACCAUAUUAUAAAGUCAAACUCGGAACAGAUGAAAUGCGUUUGUUCCACAGACCUGUUUUCAAUGUCAGACCAGGGACGCUUGUUAGUUUCUCUAAAUUGAAAUUGAGAAAGAGAAAGAAAGACAAGGGUAAAUCAUUACAAGAAGUGUUCUCAAAGACUACAGAAUUAACAACUACGGAUACUGCAAACUUAGUAGCAUUGGAGUAUUCAGAACAGUACCCGCCUAUUUUGUCCAACUUUGGUAUGGGUUCUAAAUUAAUCAACUAUUAUAGAAAAGAACGAGCUAAUGAUACUUCACGUCCAAAGGCACAAGUUGGUGAAACCCACAUAUUGGGUGUUGAAGAUAGAUCACCAUUUUGGAACUUUGGUGAAGUUGCUCCUGGUGAUUUUGUUCCAACUUUAUACAAUAACAUGGUUAGAGCUCCGAUAUUUAAACAUGAUCCAAAGAAUACUGAUUUCUUGAUGAUUAGGUCACAAGGUGCAGGGUCACAUCAAAAGUUUUAUUUGAGAGCGGUCAAUUUCAAUUUUGCCGUGGGUAAUACGUUCCCAGUUGAAGUUCCAGCACCACAUUCCAGAAAAGUGACUAAUAUUUCCAAGAACAGGUUGAAGAUGGUUGUUUUCAGAGUGAUGAAUAAUCUUGGGGCUCCUCGUAUUUCAGUUAAAGAUGUUUCAAAGCAUUUUCCUGAACACACCGAUAUGCAAAAUAGACAAAGAUUGAAAGAAUUUAUGGAAUAUCAAAGACAUGGUGACGAUCAAGGGUAUUGGAAAGUAAGAGGAUUAAAUGAUGUUAUUCCAGGAGAAGAUGAAAUCAGAACAAUGAUUACUCCUGAGGAUGCUUCUUUAAUGGACACAAUGCAAUUUGGUCAACAAGCAAUAGAAGAUGCUGCCACAUUGUUUGGCGACGAGUCCAAACAAGAACCAAAGGGUAAGAAGGAGGAAAAGAAAGAGGAAAACACUGAGGACCAAGACGGUACUGCUGAGGAGAGCAAUAACAAAAAUGGGAGUUCCACUUCCACUACCACCUCCACCAAGAAAGAAAAGACAAAGAAGUCAAAAGAACAAGAUGCAGAACUUGAUGUUGAAGAUGAAUUGGCUCCAUGGAAUUUGUCAAGAAAUUUUGUUAUUGCCAAUCAAACUAAAACCAUGUUACAGUUAAACGGUGAAGGUGAUCCAACAGGUAUUGGUUUAGGGUUUUCUAUGUUACGUGCUACUCAAAAGAAUCCGUUCAAACCUUUAUUUACACCACCUCCUGAGAAUGUCCCAAAGAGUAAUGCAGCUGCACAUAAUCAAAAGUUGUAUGAACAGGAAAUCAAGAGAAUUUGGUAUUCUCAAAGAAGUUCAUUGGUAGAUCAUGGAGAAGGGUCUGAUUUCAAGCUUCAGCAAAUCUAUGAUGAAUAUAAACCAAAUGACCAUGAACAAUUUGUCAAGAGUAAACUUGAAGUUGAAGAUUCGAAAGUGUUGAGAAUCACCAGAAGAGUUAGAGAUGAAAAUGGGAUUGUUCAAAGAAGAGUUGAAACCAUUAGUGAUCCAAGAUUAAUUCGUGCUUAUGUCAAACGUAAGAAACAAAUUGAAGAUGAAUUAUUAAAGAAUGCCGAUGUGGAUGAAAUCUUACCAACAAAUGAUAAAGAAUUGAACAAGAUUCGUCGUAAAAGCAUUAGAAGAGAAAUUGGCCAACUUGGAAAAACGUGCUAA